UUGGCGUGCCGAUAGUACGGCGAGAAAAGCAGCGAGCAGUGUGGGCAAAUUACUCGACGAGCACUCACAGCCCAUCGAGCCCGACACCGCGCCCAGCCCAGUCGCAUCAUCAACAAUAAAGAUUAUUCCCUGGAUUGCAGACCGCCCGAGCUCUCUCUUCAACUCUACUAUUUCGACUAUGGCUCGUUUAUAUCCUCGUCAAGAUACGGGCGACCUCAGUGGGACAAUCACCAACCCUGCCGACCCGACGGCUCGAGCUCGUAAACAAAAAGCUGGUGCGGGUAAUGCUGACGAUGUUACCCUGGACGCCUCGGGCGAGGACGCCCAUCAGAAGGGCAUCUACCCCUCGACUUCGAGUCACGCUGGAGCCGGAAUGGGAGGUGCACCAGGUUUAGGAGGUGCUGGCUUUGGCAUGAUGAAUGGUGGUGUCAAGCAUAAUGGUGGCAGUGGCAAUGGCAAUACGAUCGUGCCCAUCCCCCUCAAAGGUCUCGGCGUCGAUAGCAGUGAACAGUCGAGUUAUUAUUCCCAGUCCACCGGUCGAAAACCCGUUCAGCCGGGAUCGGGCUAUGAACAUGCCAGGCGGCCGACUGCCGAUAGCUACGACUCGAGAUCGAACUUUGAUUCGCCAAAGGAUGGCAAUGAUUCUGCCCCGCCAAGGAGUGCAGGUGCCGGUAGUAUUAAUAAUGGCCAAGCGGCUCCUCGAUCUGGCUCGGCACAAGCGAUAACCCGCCCAUAUGUGGUCGGUUCGCACCCUUAUUACCGCACGAGCAAUGCCCAAUCAUCCUCGACCGAAAAUCUCGGAUACACGUCUACCAAUAAUAACGUCCCCUAUUCCAACAACAACGCUUCU